AUGAUACCGGGCGAGUUUGAAUACCAGCAAGAGUUACAAAGCUCUGUGGCUUUGUCCCCCAACUUGCGGACAGCAAUUGACACCAUUCCUGCUUUUGAGCUACUCAUCUACCGUUUUCUCGCCGGCGACCUCCUUCAAAUUAGCCAGAAACCUCUUACAGAAACGACAAGAAAGUUGAUCCUUAAGAGUGCUCUUGAAGGACUGGUUGAGCUUCAUGAAAAAGGGAUUAUCCAUACUGACAUCGAGCCCAACAACAUCCUCAUCGACUACAAAGACACUACAACAGACGAUAUUGUGAUCCAGAGUGUUCAGGUCUCUGAUUUAGAGGAUGCCGUGCUACUUCCACCUGGCAAGAACCUCAAAGGCUGUCUUUGUGGGAACCAAUUUUGGCGAAGCCCGGAGUCGUGGGCUCGAGCUCGGCAGAAUACACCAUCCGAUGUCUUCUCCUUCGGUGUGGUCGCGAUAUACGUGAUGCUCAAUGACAUGAUCUUCCAUGUAAGCCCUGACGAGCUAAGCGAUGAAAAUGUCUGGCGUCACAUACUCCGGAGGCAUAUCUCGUAUUUUGCAGACGAGACUGGUUUCAAGGGUCUCCUUCAGCAUAUCGGCGACGAUAAUCCGUUUUUUCAGCGUCUUAUCGAUCUCGCGGGCGACUUUGAUGCAGACAAGCCAAGGAAGCCUUUUGCCAUGUGGCAUUAUGUGGAUGUGGAGUUCAGGGAUUUGAUUGCGAAGAUGACCAACUUGGAUCCGGCAAGGCGAAUUACUGCGCAUGGGGCACUGGAGCAUCCUUGGUUUCAACAUACAGAUCAACAGUAG